AUGGAGGAGCUUAUUUUCAUCACAUCGGGCUAUAUUGAGACAUAUACAGCAAUUUGGGCACAAUGGAUUCACUACUACCGAGACAGUGGACUUCUAGAGGCUUCUAGAUUGCCCCAAGCUUUUACUUCUGUCGGUUGGAGAGUCCAAUAUUCCACAGGGUCUCUGGAUGAAAAUGGGGUCUGUCACUGCACCGUGAUCCUCCCAGAUUCCACUUUCCCGGCUGAUCGCAUAGAGUACCUCGAGAUCUACAAUUACAACAUGAGUAUCAGCGUCCAACAACAGAUUACUAAGAUAAACAGCUAUGAACUCAUGGUGACCGUCUACAUAGAGAAGCUGAAAGACCUAACCAAGCGGGUGGAGAUAAUGGAGACAGGAGGGCUUACUUACACCGAGUUGGACUUCGAGCUCGUGAAGCUGGAGAUCAGAGAGAUGGAGUCUCUAAUUCUGGAACUGAAAAUAUCUCUUAAUGGGAGCAACGCGAUUGUGGAAGCUCUCUAUGUUGAGAUCCAUAACAUUUCCAUCUUGGUCAACCAACUGGAGUCCUACGACAAGAAUAACGUUCUCGUUAUACGAAGGGAAAUUGUAGCCCUACAGAAACGACUGCAAGAGUGCCAGGACCAUGUCAACGCUACUCCACUUCCUCCGGUGGACAUCGGUUCCUGUGAACACGGAGGACUUGUGAAUAUCAGCAAGCCAUUUACAGUGCAGCUAAACUGGUUGGGAUUUUCUUACAAAUAUGGAGGAUGGGGCAAGGACUCUGCAAUGGGAGCCAAUCAGCAAUUGCACUUCUUGGCCCCUCUGCAAACAGAUGGACGGAUAAUGAACAUGUUUCGCACAUAUUCUUCUCGUGAUGACCUUCUACUGUAUAAAACACAUUCAGAGAAGAGCCUUAGUAGUAAUAACUAUGGACAAGGUGGUGGAGUGAUAAUGUACAACAAUUAUCUAUACUUCAACUGCUAUAACUCCAGAAACCUCUGUAAACUAAAUCUUCAGAACUAUGUAAUCACCCGCGUAGCACUGACAGAUUCUACAUAUAACAAUCGGUUCUCCUACUUCACAACAACUUGGCAAGACAUUGAUCUGGCCGGUGAUGAAAAUGGUCUUUGGGUCAUUUAUUCCACAGAGCAGAAUAAAGGGAACUUUGUCAUCAGUAAACUGAAUGAAAAUUCCUUUGCAAUACAAAAAACGUGGUCCACCUCUCAAUACAAACCUGCAGCCACAAAUGCGUUCAUGGUUUGUGGUGUUCUGUAUGCAACAAGAGCCCUCGAUACACGAACAGAGGAGAUCUUCUACAUGUACGACACAAAGACGGGCAAAGGAGGACACCUUAGUAUUCGUUUCAACAAGAUGAUGGAAAAUAUACAAAGUUUAUCCUACAACCCCAACGACCACAAGCUCUACAUGUAUAACGAUGGCUACCUGGUCACUUACGAUCUUUUAUUCCAACCUGUUGCAGGUGAGAAACCCAAAAUUUAA